AAGAGUCUCAUACGUGGAAUAGUCAUCAGUCUGCCUCUUAAGAAUACACUUCCGAUUUGCAGAAGACAUUUAGCCACCAUGAGUGACCAGAAAGACAAUUCUACUGCUACUUCGGCUCCUGCCCCAGCUGAAGGAGCACCAGUAAAGACCGCCAAACAGUUGGAAAACGAACGUAAGAAGGCCGAGAAGCUCGCAAAAUUCGAAGCCAAGAAGGCCAAGCAAGCAGCUGCUGCCCAAUCGAAGUCGGCUGAGCCAAAGAAGCCCAAGAAGGAAAAGAAGGUUGCCGAACCUGUUCCAGAAUUUGUAGAUGAAACCAAGCCAGGAGAAAAGAAGAUUCUUGUCUCUCUUGAGGACGCUGCCUUCAAAGCUUACAACCCCAAGAAUGUUGAGUCAUCCUGGUACAGCUGGUGGGACAAGGAAGGACUUUUCCAGCCUGAAUUGACUGCCGAUGGUAACAUUAAGCCUCAAGGUGCCUUUACUAUUCCAGCACCUCCACCCAAUGUCACCGGUGCCUUGCACAUUGGACAUGCCUUGACUGUUUCUAUCCAAGAUGCGUUGAUCAGAUACUACAGAAUGAAGGGAAAAACUACACUUUUCCUUCCAGGUUUCGACCACGCCGGUAUCGCUACCCAAUCUGUUGUGGAGAAGCAGAUCUGGGCUAAAGAGAAGAAGACAAGACAUGACUAUGGAAGAGAGAAGUUCGUUGAAAAGGUCUGGGAAUGGAAGGAAGAGUACCAUUCCAGAAUCAAGAACCAAUUCAAAAAGUUGGGAGCUUCUUAUGACUGGACUAGAGAAGCCUUUACCUUGAAUCCUGACUUGUCGGCUGCUGUCACUGAAGCCUUUGUCAGAAUGCACGAUGACGGUACUAUCUACAGAGCUACCAGAUUGGUCAACUGGUCCACCAAGUUGAACACUGCUAUCUCGAACUUGGAAGUCGACAACAAGAACAUUCCUGGUAAGACUCUAUUGGCUGUUCCUGGCUAUGAUGACAAGGUUGAGUUUGGUGUAUUGACUUCGUUUUCAUACGAAGUAGAUGGAUCUGAUGAAAAGCUUACUGUAGCCACUACUAGACCAGAAACCAUCUUUGGUGAUACUGGUGUAGCUGUUCACCCCAAGGAUCCUAGAUACACGCAUUUGCAUGGCAAGUUUGUGAAGCAUCCAUUCUUGGACCGUUUGUUGCCUAUUGUUACUGACUCUGAAGCUGUUGACAUGGAAUUCGGUACUGGUGCCGUCAAGAUCACUCCCGCCCAUGACCAGAACGAUUACCAGACAGGUAAGAGACAAAACUUAGAGUUUAUCAACAUCUUUACUGAUGAUGGGUUCUUGAACGAGAACUGUGGAGAGUACAAGGGCUUGAAGAGAUUCGAUGCAAGAACCGUUGUGAUUGAACAGUUGAAGGAAAAGGGCUUGUUUGUUGAACAAAAGGACAAUGAGAUGACGAUUCCUCUCUGUUCUAGAUCGGGUGACGUCAUUGAACCCUUGUUGAAGCCCCAAUGGUGGGUCAACCAGCAAGAAAUGGCCAAGGACGCCAUUGCUGCUGUCAAGAACGGUGAUCUCACCAUAACUCCUAAGACAUCAGAAUCCGAGUACUUCUACUGGAUGGAAAACAUCCAGGACUGGUGUAUCUCCCGUCAAUUGUGGUGGGGCCACAGAUGUCCUGUUUACUUUGUGGUUGUAGAAGGCGAAGAAGGUGACAGACUCGACAAUAACUAUUGGAUUGCUGCCAGAUCUCACGAAGAAGCUUUGGAAAAGGCUCAGAAGAAGUUUGCUGGUGUAAAGUUUACUUUGGAGCAAGACGAAGACGUUUUGGACACCUGGUUCUCUUCUGGUUUGUGGCCUAUUUCCACCUUGGGGUGGCCUAAUGCCACUAGAGACAUGGAGUUGUUCAAUCCUAUGUCAAUGUUAGAGACCGGUUGGGAUAUUUUGUUUUUCUGGGUGUCUCGUAUGAUCUUGUUGUCGUUGAAGUUGACUGGAAAGGUACCUUUCAAGGAAGUAUUCUGCCACUCGUUGGUUCGUGAUGCUCAGGGCAGAAAGAUGUCCAAGUCGUUGGGUAACGUUAUCGACCCCUUGGAUGUCAUUGCUGGUAUCCCCUUGCAAGGAUUGCACGACAAGUUGAAGGUUGGUAACUUGGAUCCUAGGGAAUUACAAAAGGCCACAGAUGGCCAAAAGCUCUCGUACCCUAACGGAAUUCCUGAGUGUGGUACGGACGCCUUGAGAUUCGCUCUCUGUGCCUACUCCACCGGUGGCAGAGAUAUCAACUUGGACAUCUUGAGAGUUGAAGGCUACCGUAAAUUCUGUAACAAGAUCUACCAAGCCACCAAGUUUGUAUUGGGAAGAUUGGGUGAAGACUUCAAGCCAGCCGAAACCCCAGCUAAAACUGGCAAUGAGUCUUUGGUAGAGAAGUGGAUUCUUUACAAGUUGACUCAAGCUACUGCUAAAACCAACAAGGCCAUUGAAAACAGAGACUUCGGUGAUGCCACCAACCACAUAUAUAAUUUCUGGUAUGACUUGUGUGAUGUCUAUAUUGAAAACUCCAAGGCUUUGAUCCAGGACGGUACUGCUGAACAGAAGAAGUCUGCUCAAGACACCUUGUACACUUGUAUCGACUCAUCCUUGAGAUUGAUUCACCCUUUCAUGCCAUUUGUAACGGAAGAAAUGUGGCAGAGAUUGCCUCGUCGUGCUGGUGACUCUACCAAAUCGAUUGUCGUAGCCGCAUACCCUGAAUACAUUAAGGAGUUCGAUGACAAAGAAGCCCACGAAGCCUAUGAGUUGGUCUUGGAAAUCACCAAGGGUGCCAGAUCGUUGUUGUCGCAAUACAACAUCCUCAAGCACGGCCAAGUGUAUGUUGAAACUGCCAAGAAGGACAUCUUCGACAUUGCCUCGGAACAGCACGACUCCAUCGUCUCGUUGAUCAAGGGUGUUGACAAGAUCACCGUUGUUUCUAAGGUGGAAGAUGUACCUUCUGGUUGUGCCUUGCAAGCCAUUGGCCCAGACUGUACUGUCCAUGUGUUGGUGAAGGGCCAAAUUGACUUGGAUGCUGAAAUUGCCAAGGUGGAAAAGAAGUUGGACGCUGCUACAGAAUUCGACAAGAAGACCAAGGAGGCCAUCGAGAAGUUCACGGAAAAGACCCAGCCUGCUGCCAAGGAGGCUGCUUUCAAGAGAUUGGAGAAGGUCACUGCUGAAAUCGAAGGAUACCAACAGACCAUUGCCAUUUUGGAGAAGUUGAAGCUCUAGAUAGAGUAGAAUGUAAAUACAGAAAUGAAAUACAAGAAUGGGAAAA